AUGUACGAUGGCCACGAACCUGAUAAGUGCAUAUUCAUUCUUUAUUUCUUUUCUUAUUACUACGAUCAAUGGCCGAUCGGCCUCGCCGUCUCGAAACAAGGACGAGUCUUCGCGUGCUACACUCAAGAAAGAUACGCCUACAGUCUGGGAGAAAUUUUCGCAAGCAACGACCGCAGCACCUUCAUAUCCGUCCAAGCUCUCUACAUUACUCCAGACGAUAACUUGUGGAUUCUUGACACCCGACGGCCCACUAUCAACGAGCCGCAAGCUCCAACUUCCGGUGGAGGAAUUGCAUAUAUUGUGGAUUGGAGCAAUGAAGGGAGAACAGGCGGCUUCAUCAUGAUCGGUCUUGGCACUGGGGAGAGCUGGAGGCAGCUGAGCCAACACCCGAGCACGUUGAGAACAUACGCUGGUGUACCGAGCUACAGUCGAAAACCCUUCUACCUGAGACAGAAGGGGAGCCCACUGAAGUUUCAGCAGGAAGGUUUGGAUGGUGCAGAACUGAGCCUUUACGGUGAUUACUUUCGUGCAAAUCCGUUCUGUGAUACACUAUCCGCCAAGCGAGCAUUUGACAACGUGAGGAAUCUCGGCCUAUGGAAUGUAUACAUGUGGAUGCUCUCUCGGAAUGCCAUAUACACCUACAAUGCAACGACUGUCCAAGCACAACCAUACAUCUGCGAUCCUCGAAUCAUCUGGUGUGAUAAUUGGAAUGACGGGGUGGAUGGGAGACAAUAUCCGGGAGAUAUUGAAGAGUAG